AUGACUGACCAGACACCGCAUCCGUCGGGCAUUCCCCACUGCACCAUCAGAGGCACAAGUACGCACGUUCCCGCAGACGCAUCCCCGCCGCCCAUGGACGACUCUCUUGAGCCCCUCAAUGCUUCCUGCAGACCAACUCUCUCGGCCGGCCUCCUUCUGGCUCCUUCGUGCCCUUCCCCCAACACCGCUACGCAGAAGCAUCUGAAUGCCUGCGCCGCGUGGACCAUCGCAAAAAGACCCAAUUCACGACUUUGCCUCGGCCCUAGCCGUGCAACGCGCUCACCACCCGUCACAGGGGACGCGCCAACCGUGUAA